AUGGCAAACCAGGAGACUCCCAGGAGCUACAGGAGUGACACCGAAUCACAGGAAGAUUUCACCUGGGUGGUAAAAGCCAACGACCGUGCUUACCACAAGCAGUUUCAGAAAACUUACGCCUGGUGCUUUAAGAGGAAAAAAUACACGGGCAAUGCCAUCAAGACGGCCAAGUACAACGUCCUCACUUUUCUCCCUCUCAACCUGUACGAGCAGUUUCAUCGAAUGGUCAACCUGUACUUCCUCUUCAUCAUUUUUUUGCAGACCAUCCCGGAGAUAUCCACUCUUCCAUGGUUCGCUCUCCUGCUUCCCCUCGUGCUCCUUCUUAGCAUCAGAGGCAUCCGGGACUUGAUUGAUGAUAUCGCACGGCAUCAGAGUGACUGGGAAAUCAACAGCCGUUCCUGUGAGAUCUUAACAGGGCGAAGUUUCAGCCAGAAGACAUGGCGUGACAUAUGUGUGGGUGACAUCGUUUGCCUCCGCAAGGACAGCUGUGUGCCGGCCGACCUCCUCUUACUGUCCAGUUCAGAGCCAAACAGCCUCUGCUACGUGGAGACCAUGGACAUCGAUGGAGAGACAAAUCUGAAGUACAGACAAGCUCUCCUGGUGACCCAUGAGCAGCUGACCAGCGAGGAGGACUUGGCUGCCUUUGACGGGGAAGUGACGUGCGAAGAGCCCAACUGCCGGUUGCACAGCUUUAUCGGCACGCUGGCGUGGCGUGGGGAGAAAUUCUCUCUUGACAGCGAGAAGGUCUUGUUGCGCGGCUGCAGGAUACGCAACACGGAGGUCUGCUAUGGCCUUGUGAUCUAUGCAGGUUUUGAUUCCAAAAUAAUGAAAAACUGUGGGAAGAUCAAACUGAAGAAAACCAAACUCAGCAAUCUUAUGGACCGUCUCGUGCUACUGAUCACCGCGGCUCUCUUCGUGAUCUCCUUUGGCCUUGCUGUUGGCUGUGGUCUUUGGGCCGAUACGUUUCACCAGGACCACAGCUACCUCUUCGUUUUCUACACCCACUCCAGCGCUGCCACACAUGCGUUCUUGGCGUUCUGGGGAUUCCUCAUCCUCCUCAGCCUCGUGCUUCCGAUGUCCAUGCUAAUCACGUUGGAGUUCAUCUACCUGGUCAACAGCCGUUUCAUUAACUGGGACGUGGAAAUGUAUUACGCAGCGAAAGACACUCCAGCCAAAGCCCGGAGUACGAGUCUCAAUGACCAGUUGGGGCAGAUAGAAUACGUCUUCUCAGACAAGACGGGCACCUUGACGCAGAACAUCAUGACCUUCAAGAAGUGUUGCAUCAAUGGGACCAUCUACGGUAAUGACACGGAGGCAGCUGGUCAACCAUCUGAUGCUUUUUGGGAAUGGAACAAAUACCUCGACAGGAAACUAGAGUUUUACGAUCCAUUGCUCCUGGAUACCAUCCAAAAAAACGACGACCCUGUGGUGCGGGAGUUCCUGCGCCUGCUGGCCCUCUGCCACACAGUUAUGGUGGAGGAGAAAGAGAGACAGCGAGUGAGUCAGCUGGUUUAUCAGGCAGCUUCCCCAGAUGAAGAAGCCCUGGUGACAGCAGCCAGGAACCUGGGGUACGUCUUUCUCUCCCGGUCCCAAGAUACGAUAACCAUUAGUGAGCUAGGUGUGGAGAGGACGUACAAGGUGCUGGCCUUGCUGGACUUUAACAGCGUGCGCAAACGGAUGUCAAUUCUGGUGCGAGACCACGAAGGCCGUAUCAAGCUUUACACCAAAGGGGCAGACACCAUGAUUCUGGAGAGGCUUCACAGUGACCGGGCGACCGAGGGUUGCACCAUCAAGGCGCUGGAUAGUUUUGCUACAGAGACCCUGAGGACUUUGUGCCUGGCUACCAAAGAGGUAAAUGAACAGGAAUACGCCCAAUGGAGCAAGAAGCACCAUGAUGCCAGCGUCUUGUUGCAGGAUCGUGCCCAAGAACUUGACCGGCUCCUGGGUGCCACUGCCAUAGAGGACAAGCUGCAAGACGGAGUCCCUGAGACCAUCCACCUGCUCAAAAGAGCAGACAUUAAAGUCUGGAUGUUGACCGGAGACAAGCAAGAAACUGCUGUUAAUAUUGGUUUCGCCUGUCAACUCCUUUCAGACGACAUGACCAUCAUGGAGGAGAGUGAGAUCAGACUGGGUGCGUUGGCGCUUUCGUUACAGGACAAAAUCUUUCACACGGAGGGAGAGACGAAGGCGAAGAGGGCGAAGGACCUCUGGCAGCGCUUUCGCUGCCGUGGCACAGACACUGAGAAGGACCACCGCAGCUUGGUGGAAAAGGCCUUUGUGGAGCUAGCCACUGACUGCCAAGCAGUGAUCUGUUGCCGGGUGACGCCCAAGCAGAAAGCCCUCAUCGUCCAGAUGGUGAAGAGACACAAGGAUGCCAUCUCCUUGGCCAUCGGAGACGGAGCCAACGAUGUCAACAUGAUUAAAACUGCUGACAUUGGGAUUGGAAUCAGCGGGCAGGAGGGGAUGCAGGCCGUGCAGUGCAGCGAUUACGCCUUGGCCCAGUUCCGCUACCUGCAGCGGCUGCUCUUCGUCCACGGCCGAUGGUCCUACCUCCGGAUCUGCAAGUUCCUCCGCUAUUUCUUCUUCAAGACCUUUGCCGGCAUGAUGGUGCAGAUCUGGUUUGCUUUCUAUACAGGCUUCACGGCACAGCCUCUGCUGGAGGGCUGGUUUCUUGCCCUUUACAACGUUUUCUACACUUCGUAUCCAGUGCUGUGCUUGGGGUUGUUUGAACAGGACGUGACCGCCAAGAAAAGCUUGCAGUUUCCCGAGCUCUACAAGGCUGGUCAGAAAAACCGGCUUUUCAAUUUCCGGAUAUUCUUCCUCUCGUUCAUUCACGGCUCCCUCGUCUCCUUGGCCAACUUCUACAUCACGUUGUGGGCCAUGGGAGACGGAGCCGGCAUCCGGGUCAUUGGUGACUUGCAGUCUGUUGCCAUAACCAUAGCCACUUCGGCCAUAUUGACUGUCAUUGUUGAGAUCAUGAUGGAGAUCAAAUUCUGGACCAUUUUCUCGGUGCUGGCUAUUUUAGUCAGCCUGGUGUUCUACUGCCUGUUCAGCAACGUUACUCAAAGCAUCCAGGCCUUCCAAACGUCUCCUGUGAUUUUCCCAUUCUUCGACGCCACCAGGAACGCAUUGACCGACCCUUUGGCUCUGCUUGUCGUCUUGCUUUGCGUGGUGGUGAACAUGGUGCCCUCCCUUGUCAUCCGUUUCGUGCACGGCACCUUGGGCUCAGCCACCAUGUCGGAGGUAAGGUCGUUUGAACCAUCUCAGUUUAAGGCUCCACAGUGUGGACGGGUUGAGGCCUGA